UUUACAUAUAUAGACCUAUAUUUGGAAUGGUCUCAUCCGUCACAGUAAGCUUACAUCAUUCGCAAAGAUGUGUCGUAAAGUGUGCGUGCUUUUGGUGCUCGCUGUGUGUUUGUUUACCGGAAUAAAUUGUUACCGGUCGAAGAAGGCUGAAGAACAGUGCGUCAACUAUUACAGCAAUGGAGAAACAUUCGACUUGACUGAACUGAGUGGAAGUUUCUACGCCGUGUACUUCUGGCCGCCGAAACAACGCCAGAGGGAUAGUUGCGAAGUGAUCGACUUCAGAGUUUUGAGCCCCGAAGAAAUUUAUAGCACUAAAAAUGAAUGCAGACAUCUGGAAAUAUCUAAUGAAACCGCUGUUCGAGCAACAUACACUAACAGCACGGGAAAAAUUGUCAAUUUGGUCUACUUCGGAAAUAAAGAAGUGAAGACGCUUUACCGCUCGUGCGACCGGGAUAUCCAUGCUUAUAUAUUUUCGAAAGUGAAUGAUAACUAUGUGCUGGGCAUCGAUUGUUCUUCUGGGGGCUUUGGGGUGCUGAUGUCCAGGACAUAUCCAAGCCUGCCCGAGGUCUAUAACACUGUUAACAGCAUCGAGAUCAUGACGGGACGAGACGGAAGUCAAGAUUGCGAGCUUCGUCGCCUGUAACAUACUUUUGUGCUAUGUAUUAUUAUUAUUUUUGAAAUAUAUCUUUUUAUAAAAAUGUGAUGAAUACCCAAAAUUUUAAUGAAUAUUGUAUAUAAUCACGUAACCGUUUCACAAUAUAAUAAUUAAAUUAA